AUGAAGGCUGCAGCAAGCGAGCAAAGGGCCCUGGAUGCAGAGAGUCGGCUGGCUGGCCUUGAAAAAGAGAUACGGCAGAACACAGAAAGACUGCGUUCACAAGGUACAGAAUCGCCUGGCGCUCUGGUUAGCGGAUCUGAGGGUGAUGAGGCGAGAAUGUCGCAUCUGGAGAAAGCGCGGUCCUGCUUGCUCUCACUGAACUGGAAGUGCGGGGAGGACGGGUCAACGGCGUUUGAGCAUGACCUUGCGCAAUUGCUUGCCAGGGAUCGCGACGAAAGCGAACGGGUAUGCUCUGGGCCCAUGGCGCGGCAGAAGGAAUGGAAAGAGGGGCUGUGGAGGCGGAGGGCCGAGGGGGUGCGCAUUCGGAAGCCCUAUUCAGAGCGGAGCGGAAAGUGA